AACUCCAUCAAAUUAUCAAUUCAUCAAUGAAAGAAUCUAUGAAUAUUUUUACCUGUACGUAUGUGUUGAUUGGUUUUUGCUUUAUUGUUGAUGUCGCUGGGGCAGAGGAAGAAGACACUGUUGAAGGAGUAUGAGCAGAGUAAUAAGUCUUCCGUGUUUGUUGAUAAGCGAAUUGGGGAGCAGAAUGAAACUCUUGGGGAGUUUGAUAAGGCUAUUAUGCGUUCUCAGCGCGAGCGUCAGUUGGCGCUGAGCAAGAAGAGCAAGUACAAUUUAUCAGAUGGAGAAGAAGAUGAUUUUGAAUUUCCAGGACUUGGUCCCCUUCCAGAAAGGGAUGAUUUUGAGGAUGAAAUGUUGUCUGAUGAUGACAACGAUGAUGGUGAUGGUGGAAAAAGGAAUUCAGCCAUAUUAAAGUCACUUAAUUCUCAGGAAGUGAAAAAUCCAUCAGAAGGAGAGUUAGUAGAAGGAGAAGAAAAUAAGCAUAAGAGCAAGAAGGAAAUAAUGGAGGAGGUUAUUUUGAAGAGCAAAUAUUUUAAGGCACAAAAGGCAAAAGAUAAAGAAGAAAAUGAACAGUUGAUGGAAGAACUGGAUAAGAGCUUCUCAUCUUUGGUUCAGUCUCAGAAGUUAGUAUCCCUAACAGAACCAAGAAAGAUGAAUGCCCUGAGAGCCCUCAUGAACAAAGAUCUCCCCAUUGAGCAACUGAAGAAGGAUAAUAUACCUGUUACUCAAAAUGCAGAAACUUUUCAGCAGGAUCAACCUGAUUCUUAUGAUAAACUUGUUAAUGAGAUGAUAUUGGAUAUGCGUGCUCGUCCGUCAGAUAGGACAAAGACACCUGAAGAGAUUGCCCAGGAAGAAAGGGAACGACUAGAGCAACUGGAGAUGCUGCAGUUUUUGCUGCAGUACAUGUACUGUGCUGAGGAACGUCAGAAGAGGAUGCUGGCAACCGAUGACUCCAGUGAUGAUGAUGGUGAAAAUGUUGAGAAGGAAUCAACCCAGAGGCUGAGGGCGAUUUCUGGAGAUGAUCUUGGGGAUUCCUUCUCAGUUGAUGAAGAGACUGGAGCUAAAAAGGGGUGGGUUGAUGAAAUUCUUGGAAGGAAGAGUGCAGAAGAUUCUGAGAGUGAAGAUGAUGAGGAUGGUUCUGAAGAUUUGGAAGGUUCUGAAGAUUCAGAAGGGUCAGAAGAUGAUGUGGAUGAGGAAGGAUCCGAAGAAAAUGAUGAUGAUCGAGAGAGGACUCUAUCUUUAAAGGAUUGGGAACAGAGUGAUGAUGACAACCUUGAUACAGAUUUCGAAGAGGAUGAAGAAGGGGACCAAGGGCAUGAUGAAGCAACAGAUCAUCAAGAAGAUGUAGAGCAAAGACACAGUAAAAAGUCAAAGAACAUUGAUGUUAGGAAGGAAGAAAGAAAGUCUUCAGAUACAAAGGUGAAGAAAGCAAAAAGCAAAGACUCUACAACUCAACAAAAUAUUCCCUUUGUAAUUGAAGCUCCAAAGAGUUUGGAAGAACUUUCUGCUUUAGUGGAGAAUUGUUCUAAUGCUGAUGUUAUUGUGGUCAUCAAUCGAAUACGGGCAAGCAAUGCAAUUAAGCUAGCUGCAGAAAAUAGGAAGAAAAUGCAAGUCUUUUAUGGUGUACUGCUGCAGUAUUUUGCCAUCUUAGCUGAUAAAAAGCCAUUAAAUUUUGAGUUAUUGAAUUUGCUUGUCAAGCCUCUCAUGGAGAUGAGCACUGAGGUUCCAUACUUUGCUGCAAUAUGUGCUCGUCAGCGAAUAUUACAGACUCGAACAAAAUUUUGUGAGGCUAUCAAGAACUCAGAGAGUGGAUGUUGGCCAAAUAUGAAAACAUUGUUUCUCCUUAGGUUAUGGUCAAUGAUUUUUCCAUGCUCUGAUUAUCGUCAUGCAGUCAUGACCCCAGCAAUAUUACUGAUGAGCGAGUAUCUGAUGCGUUGUCGUGUUUUGUCUGGUCGAGAUGUGGCUGUUGGUUCUUUCUUAUGCUCCAUGGUUCUUGCGGUUGCUAAACAAUCUCAGAAGUUCUGCCCAGAAGCAAUAAUGUUCCUCCGAACCCUGCUGAUGGCAACUACAGAACAAAAACCUGCAUCAGAUCAGGAUUAUUGGCUUAUGGAAUUAAAAGCACUUAGACCUCUGCUGCAUAUACAUGGUAGUGUGAGUGAGAUCAAUCCUCUGAAUUUUCUGAUGGUAAUGAAUAUGCCAGAGGACUCUGCAUUUUUCAGCUCUGACAAUUUCAGGGCUAGUGCACUGGUAACCAUCAUUGAAACCCUGCGAGGAUUUGUUGACAUCUAUGAUAAACUGAGUUCCUUCCCUGAAAUUUUCUUGCCAAUUUCAACAUUGUUACAUGAUAUCUCACAUGAUGAAAACAUGCCAGAAGCACUAAAAGUAAAAUUUAAGGAUGUUGCUGAUUCCAUUAAGAAGAAAGCUGAUGAAUUUUAUGCUUUGCGGAGACCACUUCAGAUGCGAAAGCAGAAGCCAGUGCCCAUCAAAUUACUUAAUCCAAAAUUUGAGGAGAACUUUGUUAAAGGCAGGGAUUAUGACCCGGAUCGUGAAAGAGCCGAGAGAAGGAAAUUGCAGAAACAAAUAAAACGUGAAGCAAAAGGUGCAGCGCGUGAGCUGCGCAAGGACAACUACUUCCUGUAUGAGGUGAAGCAAAGAGACAAGGUACUAGUUGAGGAAGAACGAGCCGAGAAGUAUGGUAAGGCCAGGGCUUUCCUCCAAGAACAAGAAAAUGCCUUCAAAUCUGGACAGUUAGGAAAAGGCAGGAAGAGAAGAAGAUAGAGAUGUUCAAAAUUCUGCACCACGGCAUGGACAGGAUGCAGUUAAAGAUAACAUCUUCCCAUGUACCUAUUUCUUUUUCCGCAGGGUAGUAAAAUCUAGCCUAGAAAAUUUUCCACAGUGCCAAUUUUGACUUGUAAUGGAAUUUGUAUUCCACAAAAUAUUUAUAACUUCAAG